AUGUCUCUGUGUCUCAGGGCGGAUGACCCCUGCAGCAGCCAAUCAGCUCACUCCAAAAUGACGUGCGGCGGCCUGCAGGGGUCAGACUCACAGGUCAGAUCUGAGGAGGUCACAGUUUACAGAAACACUAAUGAGCCCUCAGAGGAAACUCAGGCUCGCGACACAGAAAAGCAUCGAGAGUCCGUCGGGAUCAAACGCCAAAGUCUGUGGUAA